AUGGCUGCUGCAUGCGUUGAGGCCAGCCUGACUUUGGCCCCCCGCGUAUACCUUGUUAGAGAGCAGCCUCCGCGCAAGAAUGGACCUCGACUUUUAACGACAAUUAAUAGUGUUGUGAUGAACCAUUCUGAUGGGAUCACUCUUGACGAAGAAAUCAUAUGCCCCUUGUCAUAUGCACCCUACAUGCGGUUAAGCCUCGCUCGCGUCUAG